AUGCCCGCCGCAGCCUGUGAAGAUGUCGCCUACCCUCAUUCCUCCCUCAGUCCUGCAUCUCGCAGUCCAGUCAUUGCGAGUUGUGCAAAUAACCAGUACGGAGCCCUUCAAAUGACUACAUGUCCUGCGUUAACCAAGUUAGAAAUGCCUGCCCUUGAUUCGCUCGCCAUCGCAACGCAAAAGCAAUUCCUCGAACGGAGGAACUGGGCCAACAGGAACCGCGGCCCCGUCCUAGUUUUCGUCAUCGUGUUCAUCGUCGCUAUGGGGAUCGCAAUGCUCGUUGCGUAUCGGGCGUGGAUGCGCCGCAAGGCCAGUCGGGCAAACUACGCGCGCAUUUACGCAUUGCAGUUACUCGGUUUAUUCCAAACUUCGCAUAAGGGGAGAGAUUAUGAUACACUAAAUCUUACCAACACCAGCGUUGGCAACAACAGUGGAAGGCACAUCCGCAACGCCAUAAGCGUCAACCAAGCUGUCCGUGUACUGCGCAAACUGAGUCAAGACCUCCUGAUCCGUCAGCGAGGGCCAGUUGCCAGAAUUAGACUGGCGGUUCCAUUCACAGAUGUACCCAAGGUCAGCAAUGCAAGCACUGGCGGAGUCGACGGUUGGCACAUUGUACACCAGUGCGCCGCUAGACAACGUGGUAUCGGUAACAGGGGUCGUCACCGAGUCAAAGUAGUUGCCCUCGAGCAAAACCCAGGUGUUGGUGUCAAUGUCAAAGGCAUGGCCGCCAACGUCCUGGAAAUAGUUGUUCACCCCGUGGAAGAAAAUGCGGCUGUCGGUGUUGGAGGUUCCCAGGUGAGGUGCGCGGCCGGAAACAUCGUGGAGCCAGUUACCCUGGAAGGUGUACCAGUCCUCUUCGCCGAUGAGCAGCAGAGUCCAGUAGUGCUUCCCAUUGCAUCCGGAGGACCAGUCAGUCACGCCGUCGAAUUCGUUGUUCGAGAUGGUAACGUGGCCAGCGGCGCCCCAGCCAGACACGAUGAAUUGGCGACCGGCAAGCGAGAACUUGUUGUGGUCGAUCCAGACCCUGUCGCAGUCGUCGAGGGUGAGGAGGUCUCCUCCCCACACGUACUCAGGGUUUGUAUCGGUGAGGUGGACGUUCUGGAUGAUGACGUUGCUGGCGCCGCCGCGGAUGCGCAGGCCCUUGCCGCGGAUGACGCCGGCGCUGCCGACACCGACGAUACUCUUGUUGCUGCCGACGUCGAGAGGCGACUGGCCGGCGUUGUCAUAGGUGCAGCUGACCCAAGUCCCGUCGUCGCAGGAGUCGACAAUCCAGGCCUGGCCGGCGCUGGUGCCGCCAGCGCAGGUCGUUGUGCUCUUGCUGCAGCACUGGCCGGAUGUCGUGCCCUCGGUGCCGACGAAGCUCCAUUCGCGGUCGAUGAGAAUGACACGGGCGGUGUCGUCGGUGAUCCAUUCGACAAGUCUGCUACGUCAGCUCGAGUCGCUAGAGGAAAGAAGGGGACAUACUGA